AUGUUGAAGUUGUUGCUCGGGCUCGCGCUAACGGCUGAUUCAUCGGCGUUAUUUAGGGGAAGCAAUAGUUUUGGGAUGAGUCUAAAAAGGCCAUCGGAGCUCUAUAAACACUUAAGAGUUUCCAAGAGAUAUAUCCUGGGGAAAUCCCAUGAUGACGUAGUGACAUCGCUCCCAAAAGAUGAAGAUGCCCCCGAGCUAGAGUCACGACUACAAUUCCAUAAGCAAUUUAUGAUAGGAGCACAAAGUAACAGAGUGGGAUUAGGAUCAAAUAGGAAAGUCCAAGAUGCGGAUAUAUUGAAGUAUUAUAAUUCGGCAAGACGAGAAUGA